GGCGUCAUCAAAAAGUCUCUUCCGAAGAAGCAAGAUGGCCUGCCAUAGUAAUCACAGAAGACCUCGUUCUGGUUUCACCAGGCUGACUGGGAUCCUGUGGGAAAAGCGUGGAUUGAGGAUGGACAUAAGAGAGCUGAAUUGGGAAUGGCGCAGGCGUCUAGACCCCCGAGCCACACAACAGGCCACAUUAUUAAUAACCACGCCCAUGGCCUUGGUCAGGUGUUCCGGUGUUCGUUGGUUUUGUUUUGUCUCUUGACCUGCAGCUGAACAUCGAUCUGUCCUCGUUGGAUUCUUCAAUGCUUCCUUCGAUUCUUCAUGGAAGAGCGUCUUCGAUUUUCGGAUGCUGGGCCUUUGAGAAAGUACACAGAUAUUCUCCUGACAAUGAGGGACCACGACAUC